AUGGCCAAGUCAGGCAAGAAGAAUAAGAAAGGCGUUAAAAAGGGCAAGAGCCAGGAGGAUGCUCCAGCUCCUCAGCCUGAAGUUCCCUCUACCGAGCCUGAGCAGCAACAACCAGCAGCAGACACACCUCAACCUGAGGUUCCCUCUACUGGGCCUGAGCAGCAACAACUAGCAGCAGACACACCUCAACCUGAAGAGGCGCCUGAGCUGCCAACUGCUUCUACGACAGGAGAGGAGCCUAACCCCCUCGCUAAAUCAGAGGUUACGACCCAGGUUGUCCCAGAGAUAGUACCAGAUCUCAAACCGGUACUUGAGUCUGCGCCGGAAAGAGAACCAGAGCCAGAGCAAACGCAGAACAUCGAGCAAUCCCAGACGCCGUCUGACCCGGACAUUCCUUCUCAAACACCGCUCGAAGACAAUGAUUUCACUGAAAUAACCAAACACGACACUUCGUCAAAUCAACCUCCCGGUAUGAUCGAUACCCAGAUUGAGCACAUCCAGGAACCUAGCCACGACGAUCUAGGCGUAUGGGAACAACUCGACACAGCUGAAGCAGAAAAAAACCACGACGACACUCCGAUCGAACAGAGCAACUCUGUGGACCAAUCCGAACAAUCGCCAAUCACCGCGCCGCAAUCGCCUACGUUCACAUUUGCGCCGGAGACUUCGACGACCGAACCUACCGAAACUUGGUCAGCUUGGGAGGAAAACGAUUUGACUAAGGCUUCACCUGCUGAAGAAGAGACUGCCACCCCGAAGAACGACGAUCAUAAUUCUCACGUUUUCACGAAUCCUUCUGGCGAGAUUGCUUCAACAGAGCCAGCCUCUGAAUCUGCUCAGACUUCUGACCUUGCGCCCGCCCCUGCUUCUCAACCAGAAGUCGAACUUCCCCUCGAAUCUGAGCUUGCUAAGGAAGCAGAACCCAUUCAGAAGCCAGAGCCUGUUAAAGAGCCAGAGCCGGCCGCAGAGCCUGAGACUUUUUUCUCUGAACCUGUUGAACCUAUCGAAGUACCCGAGCCAGUUCAAAAGCCUGAGACUGCUACAUCGCCUGAACCUGUUAGAGAACCCGAGCCAGUUCAGGAGCCUGAGGUUGCUAUAACGCCUGAACCUGUUGAAGAACCCGAACCAGUCCAGGUGCCUGAGGCUGUUACAGCGCCUGAGUCUGCGAUCGAACCCGAGCCGCUAGCUACAGUCGAGCCCGCGAUGGGAGCUGAACACACCAUGGAGCCGGCACAAGAAGUCACUCCGCCUGCAUCGAAACCCCAAUCCCCUGCACCAGCAACUGCUUCACCGUCCUACAAGUCGGCUUCACCUAUGCAACGCGCAGUUUCGCCUGCUGCGAUAAGUGUCGCCGACACCGUCGACGCGCCACACGCUUUCCCUCCCCCGCCUGCUGCUCCUACACCACCACCAGCAUCUCCUAAGACACAGGAUGUUCCACCGUUGAAAGAUGCAUCAUAUCCCACUCCAAGAGCGGCACCACCAACGCCGCCUAGUGCCUCUCCUCAGUACAACUCAUCGUACCCUACAGACCAGGCUUACUCACCGCGGCAAAAGUCAUCACCGUCGCAUAACACUCGCAAGCCCUCCUCGCCUAUUCCCAAAAUCAGCAGUCCUCUGGCACAUGCUUACACCUCUCCGGUGAUGUCUCCACAUACUACGUCUGUUCCGCCAAUGCCUCCUUCUUUUCCUCCAUCUGUCUCCCACAGUUACGCCACUGCUUAUCAGUCGCCCGCUAUGAGCACUGCUGGGUACUUUCCUCCUCAGUACGGCUACUAUCAACCAACUUCGCAUCCACACCAUACUCCCCGAGGACCCAUGGCCCCAAAUGGUCCGUACCCAGGUUUGAGAGAUCCGGGCUAUCCCAACGAGCAUGAUCGCUCCGGACGAGGAGGGCCUAUGGUACCUCCUGAUCAAGAAGAUGCACGGGAGCUUCUAGAUAGAAUUCAGGACGCGAUCCCGGAUAUUAACCGCCUUCUCGGAUCGUACAAGCAUACAAAGACCAAACUUCAGUCCCGAGAAGCCGAGUUUAAGCAAAUGGAGAGCCAACACAAACAAGCGUUGAUGCAUAAGGAUUUCUUCAUCGAGGCGCUCCAGAACCAGCUGCGGAAGACUGCGAACGAAAGUGCUGAGGAAGCCACAAAGCUGAAAAACAUGAUCAACGAAUUGCGAAUGGAGCUUGGCAACAUGGAGGAGAAGCGGAAGGAUAUGGAGGAAAAGCUCGCUGACUCCGAAGCCUCCAUUUCCUCUCUGGAGGAAAAGAAAACCGGACUCGAAGAGCAGAUCAAAAAGCUGAACGAGCAAAUUGAGGAAGAACGCGUAGCCCAUAGCCAGGAAUUGGACAGGCAACGAGCAGAGAUGGAAGCAGAAAAAGAAGAAGCUCUCAAGACGCAGAAGCAAGAGCUAACUGAACUCUUUGAGGAGAUCAAGGCUGAAGACGAGAAAGCAGCGGCAGAGGCUUUGGCGGCUCGUGAAGCUGAAUUGCUCGAGCAACAAGAGGCAAUGAAGAUCGAGUACGAACAGCAGAAACAGCAGAUGCAAAACUCGCAUGAUACCCUGCAGGCCGAGUUCGACACUAAGCUGGCGGAACUUGCAACUACCCAGGGUGAUCUUGAGAAGAAGCACCAGGAAUUGGAAGACACUCGACAUGCGCACGUUGAGCAGGUUGAAUCACUUGAGAACCAGCACCAAGAGAAAAUUACCGAGAUGGAACGAGCUUGGACUGAGGAGAAGACGGGCCUGGAGACUCAGCUUUCUGAGAAAUCCGAAGAGCUUGCCAACAGCGAGCGAGAGAACAAACGACUAGAGGAGGAUCUCCUUUCCAAGGAGAAACAACUCCAGCUUUCGGUGGACAACAUGCGUCUUACUAUUAACAAUUUGGACAACGACUGCGACAGAUUGAGGAAAACUCUCCACAGUCUUGGAGAAGCCACUGACCUCAAGAACACAAAAGGCGAUACAUUCUUUCUGGACUGCUUCGGCCAACUUCAACGUCUCAUCGUGACGCUCUCUAAGGAACACUUUUCGUAUCUACCAAUUGACCCUCCUCAAGAGGUCCUUUCCAAGCUCCCGCCAGAGCUUCCUUCGUUCCUUGACAACACCCCAGCGUCUCGCGAACUCCGCUCCGCUUACGUCCAGCACGUCGUUUCCAAAAUCCUAACCUACCGCAUCUUCCACCCCUUUCUCUUCACUCUCGGGCGCCGCUACGACAAAGCAGACAUCCUCUUCCAGAUGCUCUCAAUGGACAUUCGCCGCAAGUCCGUUCGUCGCGAAGCUUUCUGGCGCCAGCAAACCCUCAAAGCAGCCUACACCACCUCUGACGCAAAGGAGUCCAUCAACGUUGUCGCCGCCGUGAUCGUGGACGAGAUCAGCAACAGCCUCAAGCACUUUGCUGACCCGCGCCGUAUGGAUGGCCUUCUCACAAGCAUCCGCAAAAUUGUCAAACUUGCCGCCGAAACAUGGCGACACGCACGAGUCGAGCGCGAACUCAUCAUCGCUGCCCUUCCAGCCCCCGAAGACGGCAGUGUCCCCGGUGAGGACUGGGAAGAGUACGGCGUUCCCAAAGAGAAUUCCUCGGGUCGAACCUCUCCGAAGACAGCAGAUUUUGCCCGCCAUGUGGUCUUGCGUCCCUUCCCUCGCAUUAUCCGCGAAGCAGCCCACGAGGACUUUUUAGGUGACGAGGGCAAGGCGAGCCCGUGUACGUACUCUCGUGGCUCCGUCCUGUACUCUGACUCGCCAAUUAUUCUUGCAAGACUCCAGGAAUUGGCGGGAAAGACUACAGAUGCACCUGUGCGAAGAGAGGAUUCGCCUCCGGCGACAGGGAGACUCUCGCGAGCAUCGACUUAUUAUGAACCCCCUUCGCCUCGGAUACCGUAUGCCCAGGAUACCCUUAUUGAGGGUGCAACAGGACCUAACUUUGGAACCGCUUAG